GCGGCGGCGGCCCCGGGAACGGCGGCGGCGGGGGCGCCGCCAUGAAGCGGGACGUUCGCAUCCUCCUGCUCGGGGAGGCCCAGGUGGGGAAGACAUCCCUGAUCAUGGCCCUGGUGGGCGAGGAGUUCCCCGAAGAGGUGCCCCCUCGUGCAGAGGAGAUCACGAUCCCGGCUGCUGUCACCCCUGAGAAGGUCCCCACACACAUAGUGGACUAUUCAGAGUCGGAGCAGACGGAGGAUGAGCUGCAGGAGGAGAUUGCUAAGGCCGACGUGGUCUGCGUGGUGUACGAUGUCACCAAGGAGGCCACCAUUGAGAAGAUUCGCACGAAGUGGAUCCCCAUGGUGAACGGGGAGGUGGAAAAGGGCUCCAGGAUUCCUGUUAUUUUAGUGGGAAACAAGUCUGACCUGCAGGUGGGGAGCUCCAUGGAGGUCAUCCUGCCCAUCAUGAACCAGUUCUCGGAGAUUGAGACCUGCGUGGAGUGCUCUGCCAAGAACCUCAAGAACAUCUCUGAGCUCUUCUACUACGCCCAGAAGGCUGUGCUGCACCCCACUGCCCCCCUCUACGACCCAGAGGAGAAGCAGCUGAAACCUGCGUGUGCGCAAGCCCUCACCCGGAUCUUCAACCUCUCAGACCAGGAUAACAACCAGAUCCUUAGUGAUGAUGAACUCAACUACUUUCAGAAGUCCUGCUUUGGAAACCCGCUGGCUCCUCAGGCCCUGGAGGACGUGAAGAUGGUUGUGUGGAAGAACACCACAGAUGGGGUGCAGGACAACGGCCUGACGUUAAACGGUUUCCUCUUCCUCAACACGCUCUUCAUCCAGAGGGGCCGGCACGAGACCACCUGGACCAUCCUUCGCUGCUUUGGGUACAACGACGAGCUGGAGCUGACGGAUGACUAUCUCCACCCACAGUUCCGUGUUCCUGCUGGCUGCUCCACGGAGCUCAACCACUUGGGCUACCAGUUCCUACAGCGGCUGUUCGAGAAGCACGACAAGGACCAGGACGGAGCCCUCUCCCCCUUAGAGCUGCAGAACUUCUUCAACGUCUUCCCCUGCCUGCCCUGGGGGCCUGAGCUCUACAACACGGUAUGCACCACUGAUAAAGGCCUGCUUUCCCUGCAUGGAUUCCUCUGCCAGUGGACGCUGGUGGCUUACCUGGACGUACGGCGCUGCCUGGAGUGCCUGGCCUACCUGGGCUACCCCAUCCUCUCGGAGCAGGACUCCCAGACACAAGCCCUCACGGUCACCCGGGAGAAGAAGAUUGACCUGGAGAAAGGCCAGACCCAGAGAAACGUCUUCCUCUGCAAGGUGCUGGGAGCCAGGGGCGCAGGCAAGUCCGCCUUCCUGCAGGCCUUCCUCGGCAGGAGCCUGGCGGUGCAGAGGGAGAAGCCAGGAGAGCCAUCCCUCUACGUGAUCAACACGGUGCAGGUCAACGGCCAGGAAAAGUACCUUAUACUGUACGAGGUCAGCGCUGACACGACCUUCACGAAGCCGUCGGAUGCGGCCUGCGACGUCGCCUGCUUCAUCUACGACCUGAGCGACCCCACAUCCUUCAGCUACUGUGCCACUAUUUAUAAGCAACACUACAUGGACAGCCAGAUCCCCUGCAUCUUCGUGGCCUCCAAGACGGACCUGCCAGAAGCAGCCCAGCAGCCCGGGCUCUCCCCAGCCGAGUUCUGCUACAAGCACUGCCUCCCACCACCCUUCCUCUUCUCCUGCCACAGCCAAGGACCACCAGCCACCACCAUCUACACCAAGCUGGCCACCGCCGCCACCUUCCCGCACUUGAACGCCGUGGAGCUGAGAGCCGCGUCCUUCUGGCUGCGGGUGGCCUUGGGGACAGCAGUGACAGCUCUGGUAGGGUUCACCCUCUACCGCCUGCUCAACAAGAACAAAUGAGGGGACUCACCCCCCCGGGACCCCCCCAACGCUGUGACACCAGCCUCCCCCUCCCCAGUGACACCCCGCGGAGGGGCCCUGCCUCAAACUGGUCCCUGGUGGGGAAAUCCUCCCCUUUUUUCCCCCCCCUCCCUGGAUUGUCAGGACCAGUGAAACCAGACUUCCCAGCACCAGCAGGAUAGAUCCCCCAGCACCGGCUCAAACAGCUGGAGGAUCAUCCCCAUCUUUUAUUCUCCUUGUUUAUUUUUUUUUUUUUUUUAACAUUUGUUUUUAAGCUCAAACGUGAGUGUUUCAGUGUCUGUUGGGCCGGGCGCAUCCCUUCCCCAGGGGGCUGUGCUGGUGCCCUCAAUUUUGGGGGAGGGGGGGGGAGGACACACAACAUUUCCAGUGUCCCUGGGGAGCUCCAGCAGCGGCAGAGCUGUAGGACGGGCUGGUGGCUUCGGUCCCCUGUGUCACACGUCCCAUCUCCUGUCCCUGUUUCCCUCAGCUGACACCCCCACCUCCCCCCUCAUUGUGUUUUGGGGUCCCUCCUGCUGGGAUGCAGCCACCCAGGGGAGGGAGUGAAGGGAUUCUCUCUUGUUUCUACCCAAAAAUACCGGCCAGCCUGUGAGGUGCCAGCCUCUCGCCCCCCCUGCCCUCCUGGGUGGCCUGUCCCCUCCCCACUUGGCCACCAGUAUUCAUGGCCACCAGUAUUUUUGGGAGCCCUGGGGGGGUGGCUGUGGGGGUGCAGGGCUGCCAUCCUUCCUGGCCGUGCCAUGUGGCCCGUGUCCUGUUGUCCCCCUGUCCCCUUGGGGGGCUGUCCCCCUGUCCCCUCGGGGGGCUGUCCCAAACCCCCAGGACAUCUCCUGUAGCUACAACUGGAAGCUCUUUCCUCGCUGGGCGGCUGAUGUGUCCUCAGCCCAGCUCCAUCUGGGGCCAGAGAGACCCACAGCAUCCCCAUCCGUGGGUCCCAAAGAGGGGU